CAAUGAGAUUUGACUUUUCCUUUCAUCAUUUCUUUACAAACUACGCCCAGUCGACUAUCAAUCUCUUCAAAGUAUAUCUUUAAAUCCAUUGAUUUGAUUAUCUCGAUUCGAUGACAACUCAGUCAACCCAUCCUUACUCCCGUCUACCCAAGCAGACUGCUGGAUGGGAUAGGAUUGGAGAUGACGACGAUGAAAUUUAUAUUCAGAGUGACGAUCAUCGUCUCUCAUCAUGGGCUACCACAUCAAAAUUACCACCACCACCACCACCCCCGUCUCAUCAUAUGGAUUACUCCGAUCACGAACGGUCCUCUUCACAACAACCACGCAAACGCAAACGUAUCGCCGCGCCUCAUCAAUCUACUUCAAGGGUAAACAAACCUAAUGACAUACCAUCUACAUCACAAUAUCCCUCAAGCUUUCUUGAUACCCGUCGCCCAGGUCCUCAACGCUCUAACGCACCUGACGCUUCUCGCCAACCCGAAAGACCCGCCCCAACUAAAUCUUGGAAGUAUGAUGCAGAAGGUUGUGCGAAUUGUCGAAUACAUCAAAGUACAUGUUGGUGGAAGAAGAACAGAUUGGUCACUAAUCUUCAUGGGGUAGAAUCUUGGGAAGAGGAAAAACUUUGUAAUACUUGUAGUAUUCAUUGGAACAAAAAUGGGUAUCAUCGUACUGUGCGCUCUAAACCCAACAAACGAUCAGACUGCGUACAACUUUCUCAACCAGACACAUUUACCCACCCAUCGUCUCAACCAUCGAAUUCUCUUGCACGCAUCCCAUCCACAUCGCGUGGCUCGACUGUUGGUCUCUCAAGCCCGUCUGUAUCGCUUGCCAAGCUCCCAUCGGCGCCUCCUACCCUUGUUCCACGACGCCGAGCGCGUUCACCGUCACAGUUGACUCGUGCUGCUGAACGUGAAGCACGUAUCUUGAAACGUACACUCCCACGCAAGACGGGGCCGACGCGUCUCGACGUACCUGAUCGACACGAUCCUACUCAAAAAUCUUCGAACUCAGCUGCCACUAUAUUCCAUCCUCCUGCCAAGGCGUCUUCCACCAAACAGCAUGAGGAUCUCUCCUCUCGCAAGUCAAAUACCCAUUUAGGAGGUUACGAGGUCACCAAACAGAUGUUGGAUAAUCUUCUGGCCCAAUCUCUUCCACCUGUUAAUUUGAACACGUCUGCAGCGCCUUCAGAGGCAGACCUAUUUUCGGAAUUUAUAUUUGAUGAACCGACAGAACAAUCUCAUCAACCUCUGAGUUCUUUAAACUUCAGUGAAGCCUUUGAACCAACCCGACCUCCCUUAUCAGAUCAUCCCGUCAGCAGCAGUUUCGCGCCAAGGUCAUCCCCUCCUCGAACUCCUCCUAGUAAAAGAGCAGCUCCUGCAAAAUCUUAUGACCCACGCCAUCAUGCUUCGAAGACAGCUCCUUCACCUACAGCCUCACCCUCCUGUGACCUCGACUAUCUGCUUUCACCUUCCUUCCUGAACGCUAGUCCAAAUUCGCUCCUUAAAAAACUUAUUCCCAGCGGAUCUGCAUCAGACGAAAUGAAUAUUAAGACAGUUGCACCUGGAUCAGCAGCCUCACUACCCGUUUCAGACUUAUUCGCAAAGUCUGAUAAGAUCUUCUUAUCAUCAGUAGCCGGUCAACAAAACUCUGACACGCUUCUUCCUCCUUCACCUGAACCUAGUAAGACUGCAUCAAAAGGAAACAAAUGGAGAGGAUCUGCAAAGAAUAUAUCGACGACUUUUUCUUGGGAUUUACAUCUUACACCCUCAUCUUCUAAUUCUAAUAAAUCUUCCAUCUUUCCAGGAUCUGAACUUUUAUCAUUAAAUACCAAUAAAUCUGAAGAUCGAAUUUCUCCUACUAUGAAGAAACUUUUGGAUUUAGAAGGACGAGUUGAUGAAAGUGAAACUCAUCCUCCAUCUCCUACUGAACUUGUGACAAGAAAAUUACCACCGAAAACACCCAGAAAGACAAAGAAACCGAUCGUAAUAGAAGAUAAUCCUACUUGUGCUUCUGUUGCAUUAGCCCAACAAUUACGUAGUAAAUCGACAUAUCCCAACAAGCCGCGAUUUUCUGAAAAAUCUUCAACAAUGGGAUCUAUUCGAAAUGAAACCGAAAAUCGAGUUGGUAGUAUUGGAAAAUUUAGAUCACCAAGACCUUCAAAGAAUUUAAUGGCUCGUACAAUUUGGUCUAGAAGACCAUUAUCUUCUGGACCAUUUUCAUCUGAAAUUUCUCAUGAUCAUGAACAAGGACAUUUUCAAAACCAACUUCGAUCAUCACCUGCCCAAUCAGAACAUAAAUCUGAUCGUAUGGCCUGUAGUGGUAGUUCAGGACUUCUUAAUGUUCCUGAUACUAGACGAACAGGUAUGAGUUCAGUGAUGCGACAUGGUUUACAAUUCAACUUUCCAAUCGACGCCAACCCUACCUCGGAACGAACUGGAGCCGAUAGAAGUAGUCCACCUGUCUUACCACCACCUAGUGAUUGCUCAGAAGGAAUCGCGUCUCAUUCACCUGGAUUGUUUAGUGAUGAGGAUGAUGAAUUACCAGAGGAGACGGAAGAGACUGAAAAUAUAAAUAAAAAGCUCCAAAGGCGUCAAGUUUCUGGGACUUCUACUUCACUGCUUUCAAUACCUGGCAUGCAUGCAAGUGGGAGCGAAUCGAUGAGGAAAUUGAUGAUCAAAUCUGAUCUUUCAACACCAUCAAGAGCUCAAAAUGAAGAACGCGGUAUAGGAGGUGGAUCAGGAGGUGGACUAGCAUUGAAGGAUAUUACAAGAAGUUUAAAUGAACCAGAAGGGCCUCAUCAAUUACAUCAAAAUCAAUCUUUAACAGAACAAGCUUCUACCAAAAGAAAUGAAGGACAUCUUCAAGGACUCUCACCUGAGAUUGUGUCUGCUUUUAGGGAAGCUAUUAAGGCUGGAUGGACACCUGAAGAUUUGGCUAGAGCUUUGAAAACUUUUGAAGCCCCUGGAUCUAGACAGACUGGUGAGAAUGGAAUUGAGAAGGAUGGAUGAUUUGUUUGUAUGUUUUUGUUUGGGUAAAGAAAGAGAUUGGAUUGAUGAGAAUUGGUUUUUUUUGGAUUUGUUUCUGUUUUGGAGAGUAAGAGAGGGGAAGAUUUGUUGAAAGUGUGAGAGAGAGAGAGGAGUAGAAGUUUAAUUUUCUUAUUUAAUUAAUAUUUUUAGUAACCUAUUUUUAUAUUGUGGUGAUGAUCAAAUUUUAAGAUUAGAUGAUUUGAGAUCAAGAUUUGUGCGGGUUUGUUUGUUUGAUUCUGUUGAUACCUUAAUUUGUAAUUUGAUUUUUUUCAAAAGUCUUGGUUCUUUUUUUCAUACAUUCUCUUAUUGAUUUUGUUGAGAAUAAGUGGUACUUUGGGACAAGAUCUUUUAGUUUAUGGUUAUAUUAUUGGGUUAUGAUUUGGUUUGAGGCUUUUUCUUUGUGUUAUCAGCAAUUUUAUUGAGAAGUUGAUUGCUUGUUG